AUGCAAUCUUCUGCGGCUGCUGACCUCGUGGCAGGCAUCACGCAUCGUUACGCUUUCAUCGACCAGCAGGUGAACCUUGGCUUGAGCAAGGAGUUCGUGAUGCGUAGCCAGUGCACUCGCCUCUUGGCCGAGAUCGCUGAUGUGGAGGGGCUCACCGAAAGCACCGUAGGCCCAGUCCUUCAGGCUCUUGCUGGCGGCCCGUGGGACGUUGCUCAGAAGAUCGCUUUGGCCGAAGCGGUCGAUCGCGCCACCAUGAAGCAUGCCUCCACAGACAGAAAGGCCAGGACGCAGCAGAACAUGGUCGGCGCGCACAACUACUUUGUGGCCGACGAGUGGGCGGUGAUACACGACAGGAAGGUGUCCGAUGAGGGGAAGCUCGAGUGCAUGGCUCGUCGUCUCUACAAGGUCGGACUCACGUGCCCUUCCCCAUCUACGUUGAAGAGGCUGAUGGCCAUCGUCAUCGUGGCUGGCAAGGGGUCGUCUGCCUACUGCGACCCCAAGGAGAAGCAGCGCUUGAUGAAGUACGUGCAGGGCGAGCUCAAGAACCUCGACACGUCGAAGGUAUACAAGGGCCCUCACAUCAAGAACUACCCCGAGAUGCCAUCAAAGUUGCCAGCUGAAGUGUAUAGCUUCGCAUAUGGAAGCGAUGAGCCCACGACGCCAUCGUCGACUGAGCUGGACAAGGCCGCCAUCGAGACCAUGGUCUGCGCAACUGGCUACAAGGCGCCCCUCGAGGUCUCGCUCGAGGAGCGUUGGUACCUUGUCGGCCGAUACGCUGAGGCCGCCGCGUUUGAGCGGAAGAUGGCCGAUGCCGCUAUCAGCGGCAAGAGCGCUUUGGCCCCGAAGAAGGGGCUCGUGAAGAAGAACGGCAAGAGCAAGGAGUACGCUGAUUGCAGCAAGAACGCCUUCGGCAGUAAGGUCUGCGGCAGGGCUCAGACGCAGGCCAAGAAAUUCACUAAGUCUGCUGAGGAGAUCAAGUGGUUCAGUGGCCAGGCGUACACGUUGGCCACCCGUGUUUAUGACACCUUGUGA